AUCCCAGAAUUUUAUCGUCUCCAGGAGGCUUCUUGAAGAUGGGAUUUUUCAGUCCUCUAAACAGCACUAACAGAUAUCUGGUGAUGGAAAUGUCGUUGUUAUGAAUGGGGAGGAGGAGAUUCUUUGGUCAUCAAAUGUUUCAACCUCUCAGGUGAACUCAGUUGCCCUUCUUCAAGAUUCUGGGAACUUUGUUCUUGUAGAUCAUCUGAACAAUGGGAGCACAAUAUGGCAGAGUUUUGAACAUCCUUCUGAUUCAAUUGUCCCUAAAAUGAGAAUAAGUGAAAACACAAGGACAGGGGAGAGGGUAGAGGUAAACUCUUGGAGAAGCCCUUGGGAUCCUAAUUUCGGUAACUUUUCUUUCGGAAUGAACUCUGGAAUCAUUCCUCAGAUGUUUAUCUGGAAAGGCAGCCGUCCCUAUUGGCGAAGUGGUCAAUGGAAUGGCCAGAUCUUCAUCGGAGUGCAGGAUAUGUAUUCUGUGUCGAUUGAUGGAUUUAGUGUAGUGAAUGAUCACGAAGGUACUGCAUAUGUUACUGGCCCUGUUGGUUUUAAUUUCUUAACGAAAUUCAUCUUGGAUUGGAAAGGAAACCUUGUUCAAUCAUUUUGGGAUGAGAAUGAGACAAACUGGAAGAUAAUAUGGUCAGCUCCCCAAAAUGAUUGUGAAGUUUAUGGAACAUGUGGUCCAUUUGGGAGCUGCAAUUAUUUGGAGUCGCCGAUCUGUUCUUGUAUGAAAGGUUUCGAGCCAAAGCAUAGGGAAGAAUGGGAAAAGGGGAAUUGGACUACUGGUUGUGUUAGGAAGAGAGCUUUGCAAUGUGAAAUAAGGAAUAACUCGGGAGAUUCAAGUAAAAAAGAUGGAUUUCUACAGAUGGAGUUCAUGAAAUUGCCUGAUUUUGCAGAAAGGUCAUCUACUACAGAAAACCAAUGUAGAAGCCAAUGCUUGGGAAAUUGUUCCUGCAUAGCGUAUGCAUAUGACUCAGGUAUCGGCUGUAUGUCAUGGAGUAAAAACUUGAUUGAUAUUCAGCAGUUCCAAAGCUGGGGGAAAGAUCUCUAUAUUCGUGUGGCACAUUCAGAGCUUGAUCAUCAUGAAGACAUAAAGAAAAUUGUACUUCCAGUAAUCUUUGGUUUUCUUACACUCUGUGUUUGUCUGUUCCUUUGCUGUACAAGGAUGGCUAGACGUAGAGGAGUGAAAAGAAAGGAGGUAAUUUUACUUCGUGACAGAAGUGCACUUCAUAUGGAAGAGUUACCAGUCUUCAGCCUCAAUACGCUUGCAAAUGCAACAUCCCAAUUCCAUGCGGAUAAUAAGCUUGGUCAGGGCGGUUUCGGUCCAGUUUACAUGGGAAAAUUGGAAGAUGGGAAAGAAAUAGCGGUCAAAAGACUUUCAAAAGCCUCUGGACAAGGGCUGGAGGAGUUCAUGAAUGAAGUUUUGGUGAUCUCUAAAGUCCAACAUAGAAACCUUGUUAGACUCCUGGGAUGUUGUGUGGAUAAAGAGGAGAAGAUGUUGAUUUAUGAAUAUAUGCCAAAGAAAAGUUUGGAUGUGUUUCUCUUUGAUGAAGGACGCCGAGGCAUUUUGGAUUGGAGAAAACGUUCCACUAUAAUCGAAGGGGUUGGUCGAGGACUCCUUUAUCUUCACAGAGAUUCAAGAUUGAAGAUAAUUCAUAGAGAUCUGAAGCCAAGUAACAUUUUACUCGACUAUAGCUUCAAUCCAAAGAUUUCAGAUUUUGGCAUGGCUAGGAUUUUUGGAUCUGACCAAGAUCAAGCAGACACAAGGAGAGUAGUUGGUACUUAUGGAUACAUGGCCCCCGAAUAUGCAAUGGAAGGAAGAUUCUCUGAGAAAUCCGACGUUUUCAGCUUUGGAGUUCUAGUUUUAGAGAUUCUGAGUGGCCGAAAAAGUACAAGUUCUUGGAUCGAGACAUCCUCUUUGAGCCUUUUGGGAUAUGCAUGGAAGUUAUGGAAAGAAGAAGAUUUAUCAACUUUUAUCGAUCCGUUCAUAUUGAACCCGAGCACGAAACUGGAGAUCAGAAAAUGCAUACAGAUUGGUUUACUGUGUGUUCAAGAAUUUGCUGAAGACAGGCCAAGUAUUUCAUCUGUUCUUGUCAUGCUUACCUGUGAAACUUCAAGUCUUCCAGCACCAUUACAACCUGCUUUUACUGAGAGACAUGGUAGUAUCUUCAAAAUGUGCAAUGAUAAUAAAGAAACUAGGUGUACUUUGAACAAUAUAAGUAUCACAAACCUUACUGGUAGAUAACAUGAGUAUUAUGAAAUUAUUCUUUUAAGAUAUGCACAAUUGUCAUUGUACAU